CAGAUUAAUAGUAUAGGGAUAUCAAUUAGUUUCUUUUUAAGAAAAUAGUCAAAGUCAAUCAUAGAUAUCGAGCUUAUCGCUUUGAUUAUGCUCUUUUCAUUACAAUUUAAUUUUUCGACGAAACGAGAACAGUUGUUUUUUCAUUUUCGACGAAACGAGAAAAUCAAUUAGUGUUUCGACGAAAUGAGAAUCUACCCUGCAUCUCUACGAGAAAUUCGGCUAUAUCCAAAUUGCGGCCAAAAAUUAAACCAAUUAACACAUAAGUAGCCGCAAUUCCGAAGACAGAAUUUUUUGUUGAUUUCAUUUUUUAUGUGUUUCCAAAUUGCGGCUACUUUUGAUUAACUAGUUAUAGAAAGAAUAGAUUAUGAGUUCUGUUGGAUCUAUAAUACGUAUAUAUGUAUGACAUAAAAUGUUGAAAAUAAAAAAUCAUACUACAUAUCAAACUAUGAAUACAAAACUUUACUUGGUCAACAAUCGAAAAAGGUGAAAAAGUCAUUAUAUAUAAGAAUUACUUAUAUCGAUUAAAACGUGAAAAUCAGAACGGUUCAUUAAUUUUUGUCGGACCAAGAAAAGCAAAAUAUACACAAGAUGAUAAUAAACUUAUGUUAGCAAAAACAAAAUAUAUUCAAGCUGAAGAUUUCGACGCCUAACAAAAAACUUUACGAGCUGUUUCUCAUCGCUAUAUUCAUGUGAUAAAAGAUACUAAAGAUAGUAGUGAUGAAGAAUAAUUUUUUUGUUAUGUAUUUUUUCAAUUCAAACUGUUGAUUACUUGAUAACGAAAAAGUAGCCGCAAUUUGGAAACACAUAAAAAAUGAGAUCAACGUAAAAUUCUGUGUUCCAAAUUGCGGCCACUUAUGUGUUAAUCGGCUUAAUUUUUGGCCACAAUUAGGAAGCUACGAGAAAUUCGAUUGAAUAAUUGAUUUUUCUUUUUAGUUUAUAAUUUCACGUGGUAAAAAUAAUUCAUUUGGUUUUACUGUUGUUGGUGAUAGUCCAACAUUUAUUGGAAAAGUUAGUGAAAAUAGUCCAGCUGGUCUAUGUGGACUUAAAUCAGGUGAUUAUAUUGUUAAAAUUAAUGAUCAAAAUGUUUCACGUGCUCAACAAAGAACUGUAUCAAAUUUAAUUAAACAUGUAAAACAUUCAAUUACGUUAGAUAUUCAUCGUUAUCUAAGUGUACCAUUAAAUCAUGAUUUUUUUUCAUUAAUUUCUUCAACUGAUACUGUAUCAACGGAAGAUUCGUCAGCAUGUAGUGAUUCAUCUAUACCAUAUUAUAAAAGAAAUUAUCUUUCAUCAUCAUCAAAUCGACAAUUUGUUGAUCUAGCUCAAUUAGGACAUUAUAUUGAACAAAAACCAUUCAUUCGACAGACAACAAUUAAUGAAGAAAAACCAUUUUAUCCUAUGACUAAUUCAUCAAUGCUUGCUGUAAAAGGUUCACCAACGAAUACAUUUGUUUAA